AUGUCAAGGUGCUCCCUCUUCCCCACGUCUUCGUCGUUUGUCGAAGGUGAGGCUUCGCGCGUCCGCAUCGCAUUUUUGGACGAUGCGGUGGGCUGCCGGCUUCUCAGCCGUGGGAUCCAGAACCCGCCUGAGCUGCCUCGUCCCGGCCGCUCUGCAGGGUCCUGCUCCGCAUGUGGGCCCCUGUCCCUGCCGCUCCUGGCGGGCCUGGUGGCCGCUGACGCGGUGGUGUCUCUGCUCAUCGUGGGGGCGGUGUUCCUGUGUGCUCGCCUCGGCCACAGGCCCACCCAAGAAGAUGGCAGAGUCUACAUCAACAUGCCUGGCCGGGGCUGACCCCCCGUAACUUCGACCUUUGACCUCUGACCCCCUCACGCUAGAUGGUGUGUGUUGGCCCAGGAACACCCUCCUCCCUUUGGGGCUGGAAUAAAACAAUUGAAGUACC